CUUCGUUUCCAAGCUAAAAGUUACAACCAGUGGUUGUACUUUAUGGUCAUUUAUUUGAAAAAACUAAUAUUCAAACACCUUGAACAAUGUUCAGGGAUAUUCAGUAGUAAAUAAAUACCCGGAAAAAAAGGACCACAAAAAAGGAAUACAACAGCUUUGCAACAGGUUGAUCGAUCAAAUAUUGCUAUCGUGCCAAUAUAUUGCCAAUAUAUUGCCAAUGUAUUAACUAAUUCCACUCUUCUGAAUGGAUCCAACUCUCUAUUAUCCAACGGCACUUUUUCCGAGCGCUGCAAUGGCAACCACGACCAGCUCUAUUACACAAAAACGAUUCCUCUAAAUGAUAACAAAAUACACUUCUAAAUGGGCUUAAAUGGCCUCUGGCUCUAUUCCCAGGCUAUUAUUAGCCCAGUUGCUUGGGAUGAAGAAGAAUCGCCAUCUCACUGCUCAUUUCACCUACAUUAUCCAAAGCAGUGAAAAUACUCCCAAUACAUUUCCAAUUAGGACUGCUUUUCUCUCGCUUUCGGAUCAAAUAUUCGUGGAUGCUAUUGUUCAUGAAUAUUUAUAAUCGUGAAUAAUAUUAAUUUUUAGAAGUUUAUCACUCUACCUGGUUUAUUUAUAACCCACCGCUGCACAAAUUCAGCGCUUGUUAUCAAGUCUUUGCUUUUGAACCGUACCUGUAAAAAUAUCCGCACUUUUGUAUCAAGAUGACUUGUUAUUUACUAUCUCGCUUCGCUCUCAAUUUUAUUUCUUUCUUUAUCAAACAAUUUAUUAUAAAUAAUCAGAAGAUUUCUCUCUUUUCAAUAACCAAGCGUCACUCUUGCCUUACUAAUUCAUCGUUAAGCAUUUAUUUAUAACUUGCCCUUUAUUCAUUCCAAAGUUA